AUGGAUCAGGCUUCCCUCAUCAACCUUAAGACUGGUGAGCCUGUCUCAUGGGAGAAGUUGGAAGACAAGAAUGUCUUGAACGCUGUCAGUUUUAGUCCGCUUUGGGUUCUGAUUCUUUCUUUGCUUUCUGGUUUCUGCUUUGCAGCACAGCAAAUAUGCAAGGACUCCCUCACAGGAAUGGAGAUUGAGCUUGUUGACAUUUCAGAACUCCCUUUGCUCAAUACUGACCUUGAGGUCGAUGGGAUUUGCCCCCCAGUGGUUGAGGCUUUCCGUCAGAAAAUUGCUGCCGCCGACAGCAUUCUCUUUGCCUCGCCGGAGUACAACUACUCUAUUACCCCUGCUUUGAAGAAUGCAGUUGACUGGGGAUCUAGACCUCCCAAUGUUUGGGGUGGGAAGGCAGCUACCAUUGUAAGUGCAGGAGGGGGUUUUGGUGGUGGAAGAUCACAUUACCACUUGCGCCAAGUUGGGGUUUAUGUUGAUAUUCACUUCAUUAACAAGCCAGAGUUUUUUGUGCCUGCCUUCAACCCUCCACCAAAGUUUGACGGCGAAGGAAACUUGAUUGACCCAAUGUCCAAGGAGAUCCUACAACAGAUUCUUGUCUCAUUGCAGGAAUUUACUUUGAGGCUUAGUGGGAACGCUCAGUAA